AUGCAGCUGUCUGAAAAUGUGGUUAACCGCAUGAAGAAUUCCAGCCAGCCUUCCAAAGUCGGCCAGCUGACUUUUCCUCCUGCUCCUGCACCUUCCGCAUUUGGCAUCUCUAAAGGCCUGGAGAAAGACUCUAAACUGCCCAGGUCAGAGUAUGGUGGUAGCCGGCAGCCCUCAGGGGUGGAGGAGGAUCUCAAGAGGUAUAAACAGGAACAGGCCACCGUCCAGGAUGAGCUGUUCCAGGCAGCGAGGGAAAGAGAGGCAGCUAUGAAGCAUCUGAGUGCAUCCCUGCAUUCGGAGGAGGGCAGCGUUGACCAGGAGAAGCGGAAGUCAGUCCUGCUGGCCAGGGAGCUGGAGAGCCAAGAGGCAGAGCUGAGACGCUGUGACACCUUCUAUAAAGAGCAACUGGGGCACAUUGAGAAGAAGAAUGCUGAGAUGUAUAAACUAUCUUCACAGCAAUUCCAUGAGGCAGCUUCGAAAAUGGAGGGCACGAUAAAGCCCCGAAUGCUGGAGCCCGCGUGCUCAGGGCUGCAGGCCCAGAUCCUACACUGCUACCGUGACCACCUGCACGAGGUGCUCCUGUGCUCGGACCUGGUCAAGGCUUACCAGCACUGCGUGAGUGCUGCCCACAAGGGUUGAGAAGCAGCGUCAUUCUUGGCCCUGGCAGUAACGUAGAGCCCUGAAGAAGGACCAGUUAUGAGACCAUAGCCCACAGACCCCCGGGCCACAGCCAUUUCCUGCCGGGUGCCCAAGAUGCCCCUGUGCUUGGGGCCGCCAUGUGCUUAAGAAAGGGAGGAUGUGCUACUGUCCAAAAACAAAUAAAGCAACUGUCUUUGUUUUCAGUCA